UGCGCGUUUAAAUACGUUGAUGCUGCAUUGGAGCGAGGAUCGGGUAGUUGGUUAGCGUUGCCGUGUCCACAGCCAUCGGUCGCAAGCACAGCUCUCUUCCCGCGGUUGGAGGAAAGGCCAAGCAAAAGUUGUACAGGGAAACUCUGCACGAGGGUACUAUCACUGCUGUUGUAGAAAUUCAUCUGCACAGGAAUCAUCACCACCCGAUCGAGGUGUCGGACGAUACAUCGGUUGUGAUGUGACGGCACGCAGGAUGAACCGACGACCGCGCUGCUGUUCCGGGGCACUGGUGGUGGUGGUGGCCCUGCUUGCUCCACUGCUCGUCCCGGCCCGCGCCCAAACUGCGGAAUGUCCACCGUCCGAGCUGAUUCCCGGCUGCCCGUGCUACAACUUCGAGGACGGCCUGUUCCUCGAGUGCGCCGGGGCGACCGAGGACACCCUCAGGUCCACGAUGCUCGGCAUCGUCAGCGCGGCAGGGGAGCACGCGCUCGUGCAAUCGUUGAGCGUCUACGAGCUGGACAAGGGGAUCGAAGUCCUGCGGGAGUCCCUCUUCCCGGUGGGCUCGCGCAUCCGGCACCUUCAAGUGUCGCACUCGUCGCUGCGCGAGGUCUCCGAGACGGCGUUCCGCAGCCUGCGGUCCAGCCUCGAGUCGUUGGCCCUGGUGUCGGGGCGCCUGGUCCAGGUGCCGCAACGCGCCCUCGCCGAACUCGAUGGUCUCGCGGCCCUGGACCUCGAGGCUAACCUCGUGCAGGAGCUCGCCUCGUACUGCUUCUACGGGCUUAAGCUGGUCAAGCUCAGUCUCAAGGCCAACCGGAUAGCCAAGGUCUCCGAGUACGCCUUCGCGGGCCUCGAGCCUUACCUGGCCGAGCUCGACCUCGCCGAGAACAGGCUCAAGCACUUUCCCAUGCCGGCACUCCGUAGGCUGGAGAGCCUGGACUCGCUGAAACUGGCUUGGAACGAGAUAGCUGAGCUUCCGGACGACGGUCACUCGGCUCUAGCGUCACUGCUCGUGCUCGACCUCAGCAGUAACAACUUCGAGCGGCUCGGGCCCGACUGUUUCCGGCCGUGUCCCCUCCUGCAGAGCCUCUCGCUCUACUACAAUGGCAUCGAGGACGUGGACCGGGAGACCUUUGUCUCUUUGACGGAGCUCGAGUCCCUCGAUCUCAGCCACAACAAGAUCGUCUUCCUGGACGCGGCCACCUUUCGGGCUAACCGCCGGCUGCGCACCGUAGAGCUGAGCCACAAUCACAUCCACUACAUCGGGGGCGUCUUCGCGGGCCUCCCGGAACUGCGCGAGCUCUACCUCACCGAGAAUAACGUGCUCGAGUUGCCGGCCGAGGCGUUCGCGGGCAGUGCCAACCUGAGCGUCGCUUACCUCCAGCAGAACGCCAUUCGAAGGAUAGACGCGCGCGGAUUGGCGGGUCUCCGGGAGCUCGAGCAGCUCCACCUGACCCUCAACUACAUCGAGCGCCUGCCCGCCGAGGUGUUCGAGCACUGUUGCGCCCGGCUCUCUUCGCUCUCGCUCGACGGCAACCGCAUCCGCGACCUCGAGCCCGGGACUUUUGCGCGUCUCGGCCGGUUGCGGGAGCUCCGGCUCCAGGACAAUCGUCUGGCCGAGGUGUCGCGUGGGGUGUUCGCGCCCCUGCCCGGCCUCCAGGAGCUCCACCUCCAGGACAACUCCAUCAAGGACAUCGAGUCGGGGGCCUUCAGUACCCUCGGGAGUCUCCAGCACGUGAAUCUGCAGGGCAACCAGUUGACGGUGCUGGGUGACGUCUUCCAGCCUUCGUCGUCCUCUUCGGCCCUCGUCUCGCUGCAGCUCGAUGGCAAUGGACUCGGGGUGCUGCACAACGACUCCCUUCGAGGUCAAGCCUCGCUCAAGGUCAUGUGGCUCGGGCACAACAAGCUGACGCGGCUACAGGCGCCGCUUUUCCGGGACCUGCUGCAGGUCGAGCGGCUGUACCUGACCAACAACUCGAUCUCGCGGAUCGAGGACGCGGCGUUCCGGCCCAUGCAGGCCCUCAAGUUCCUCGAGUUGAGCCAGAACCGGCUCACCGAGAUCGGCGUGGCCACGUUCGCCGAGUUGAGGGAACUCGAGGAGCUCCACCUGCGCGACAACGGACUGCGGCGCAUCGAGCCAGGAGCCCUCUCGGCCCUCAAACGGCUGCGCGUCCUCGACCUGGCCAACAACCGGCUAGGCGUCCUCGAGGAGGCCGUGUUCCGGGAGGCGCUGCCCGUGCGCCGACUGAACCUGCGCAACUGCUCCAUCCGGAGUAUCGAGGACGGCGCCCUGGGGGGUCUCGGCGAGCUGUUGGAGCUCGACCUGCAGGACAACCAGCUGGACGCCUCGGCGCUGCGUCGGCUGCGGAUCUCCGGGCUGCAAGCCCUCACCCUUUCGGGCAACAGCUUUGGCGGUCAGGGCCUCGCGGACACCAGUCUCCACGGGCUGCCAUCGUUGCAGCAGCUGACCCUCGAGGGCGCGGACCUGGGCCAGCUGCCCGAGGGCCUGUUCGUGCUGAACGUCAACCUAGCGCGGCUGCUGCUCGGGCGCAACGGGCUUCGGAGUCUGCCGCCGGGUCUCUUCGACAACUUGCUGGGGCUGCGCGAGGUGCGGCUCGAGAGGAACCGGCUGGCCGGGCUGCCUUACGCGGCCCUCGUCGGGGCCAAGAACCUGGAGAUCCUCUCACUGGCGCACAACGAGGUCGUGGCGGUCGACGUCGCGAGCCUUGCCGGCUUGCGACAGCUGCGCGAGCUCGACCUCAGCUACAACCUGGUCGAGUCGAUGUCGGGGUUUGCCCUCGCCAACCUGUCGCGGCUCUUCUCCGUCGAUCUGAGCCACAACGAGCUCCACUCCCUACCGGCCAACUUUUUCACCAACUCGCCGCAGCUCAGGCGCGUCGAUCUCUCCGGCAACAAGUUCCACCAGCUGCCCGCGGCCGCGCUCUCCGGGCGCAACCUCCCCGGCCUCGCUUGGCUCAACUUCACCGCCAACCCCCUCGGCAGACUUCACGGCGAGCAGCAAUCCCCCGAGGCCACCUACCCCCUCCUCCAGGAGAUCCACCUGGAGCAGGUGAACCUGAGCAUCCUCACGAGCCAGGAGUUCGAGGCGUUCCCCGGCCUGCAGAACCUCUACCUCGGGCGCAACGGCAUAUCCCGGGUCUCCCCUGGGGCCUUCCGUAGCUUGCCCAACCUCCUGACCCUCCACCUCGGCGGCAACGGCCUGGACAUCCUGCCCCAGGAGCGGCUACGGGGCCUCGAGCACCUCCGCAUCCUCAACUUGACCCGCAACCGGCUAAAGGAGCUCGAGGAGUUCCCGGAGGACCUCAAGGCCCUCCAGAUGCUCGACCUGUCCUUCAACCAGAUCGGGGCCGUUGGCAAGCUCACCUUCAAGAACCUCGUCAAUUUGGUCGAGCUCCACCUAUACGGCAAUUGGAUAUCGGCCGUGUCCGGUGAGGCGUUCCGGCCCCUCAAGAAGCUACGGCUCCUCGACCUCAGCAGGAACUACCUCGAGAACCUGCCCCUCAACGCCUUCCGGCCCCUCGAGACGCAGAUUCGGAGUUUGCGCGCCGAAGAGAAUCCCCUGAACUGCGGCUGCGAGUCCCAGGAGUUGUGGGAGUGGCUGCGGGACCAUCAGAAACUCGUAGGCUCCGGGUCGAGCCGAGGCCGCGGCCGCGGCGUUGGACUGAGCAGCGAGACCGAGGCCAGUGCCCUGAGGUGCGAGCAACCCCCCGAGCUCCGAGGCCUCGUAUUCCUCGAUCUCGACCCCCACGCCUUCUGCUCGGUACCGCUGGUCCUCAAACUGGCCAUCCAGGACAUCCAGCCCUUCUCCGUCCUCGUCUCCUGGCAGAGCCGCAACCACUCGGGCCUCCACGGCUACCAGGUCGCCUAUCACGCCUUGGGCAACGUCGAUGAGGUGCGGGGCAAACUACUGGAGCCAAAGGCCCGGUCGGUUCGUCUGGCGCGGCUGGCCCCCGACACGCGUUACCUCAUCUGCGUCCUGGGCCUGGGCAGCUGGAGCGCCCCACCGGCCGAGGGCAUCGAGUCCCCGGGUCUCCUGGCCUCCUCGUGGAACUCGACCGAGGAGGACGAGCUGCUGCUCGAGGGCUCGGCCCACCCGGUGAUGGUCAACUCGCCCAUGAGUAGGUGCACGGAGGUGCGCACCCUCGAAGCCCCGGGCUCGCCCCUCGGUGAGGGACCCGCCGCCGAGCGAGGCAGCCUCGCCAGCAUCCUCACCCGCCGGCUCGGCCUCAUUGUCGGCAGCUGCAUGGGCUUCGUCGUCUUCGUCGUCCUCAUCUCGGUCCUCGGCUACAUGAAGAUGAAGAAGCAACGAGCGGCCCUUAAGCGCGAGCAGCCCCUCGCCGCGGCCCAUCCACCCGAUUACCUCUCUUACCGGCACUUUUCCCUCCAGAGCGGCGACAACCGCCCGGACAACGCCUGCCCGAGCUUCAUCACGUAGCAGCGGGGCCGCGAGCGCGACGUCGAGCUCAAGACCGUCGCCACCUGCACCGACUACUUUGGAUGAACUCGAAUCCGACUCCCCCCCCCCCCGUGUAUAUGUACACCUGCGCUCCGCAGUGUCGAUUCAAUCUUGGAUUUCCGAGCGCCCUCGUACCGGGGCGUUUCCCUUAUCCCAUCCAUCCAGCAUCCCUCGAGGUCCCCUUUCUAAAGAAGACUGACUUUUUUUUCACGAAUUUUUCCUUUUUUUUUUUUACUCUCGAGCUUACGUAUACGUAAUAAAAGUGUGCG